CCCUUUAAUCGGAACACGCGAUCUUCACAGUCCCACUCAACUGGACCAUAUUCAAGCAAUUUAGGUUCGUCAACAUGUCUUCUCAUCUGCAGUGGAUGGUCAUUAGGAACUGCUCCAGCUUCCUCAUCAAGAGGAAUGGACAGACUUACAGCACCGAGCCCAACAACCUGAAGUCCAAGAACUCCUUCCGUUUCAACGGGCUGGUGCACAGGAAGACUGUUGGUGUUCAGCCUGCAGCUGAUGGAAAGGGUGUCGUUGUCGUGCUGAAGAAGCGUGCAGGCCAGCGCAAGCCUGCCACUUCAUAUGAGAAGAUCACCAUCAACAAGAACUCACGUGCCACUCUCAGCAGCCUGAGGCACAUCAUCCGCAAGAGCAACUACAGAAAGGACCUGCGCAUGGCUGCUCUGCGUCGUGCCAGCGCCAUCCUGAUGAGCCAGAAGCGUGUGGUGGUGGUGAAGAGGCGUUCCAAGGCUGCCAAGACUGCAUAAAGUUGCAGAGUUAUGACAAAUAAAAUAAAAAAUACGUUUGAGAAACA